AUGAAUGAGAGCGAUCUGUGUUGUUUUCUUGGUCAAGAGAAGAUCAAGAACGUCUGGUUCGCGCGCGAUAUUACUGACCUAGAAGAAAAAGUGAAAAAUCGCAAAGAGAUAGCCCUGCAGCUAGAAGCAGCGGAAACUAAGCUUAUUCGGAUGGCAAAUAAAGCACAAAAUAAGACGUCCAAGAAGGAAGGCCUUCGGUUGCCCGCUCAUCAUGAUACUGCCAGCUUCGCUAACAAUGCGUCUGUUGCCGCGCAUUGGGUCCCAGCCAAGAACCGCCCCGCGCAUCGCCUCAGUUUUUUAAUUGGAAAAAAAGUUGAUACCAUUGACUGGGCCACAUCUGAGAUUUCUCGUCUGAAUAUGGAGAUCGAAAAGCUCAACGCUCAGCACAACUGCAAUGGGACUCAGCUUCUUUCCGUUGCUUUCGUCGAAUUUUAUCGACAGGCCGAUGCGCAGGUCGCAUACCAGACACUAUUACAUCACAGUCCCGAGCGUAUGGCUCCUCGCUAUAUUAACCUCGAUCCUUCCCAGAUAGUCUGGGCCAAUUUUCGCCUCACGUGGUGGGAACGUACUCUACGAUCCUGGACCAUGACUACGGUUGUCUGCAUUCUGAUUAUAUUUUGGGCCAUUCCGACAUCUUUUGUGGGCUCUAUCUCAAAUCUAGACUCAUUGAUGGAUGAAAUUCCAUACUUAAGAUUAAUCGUCCCAGAAUGGACCCGAGGCACGAUUAGCAGUCUCUUGCCAAGUCUCUUGCUCUCUGCUCUCAUGGCGCUGGUGCCUAGAUUCUUCCGAUCUUUAGCCAAGUGGAGCGGUGUGCUCAGCCUAUCCUCCGUGGAGCUUUUAACUCAAAAUUUCUACUUCGCCUUUCAGAUUGUCCAGGUCUUUCUAGUAGUCAUUCUGGCUUCGACUGCCACUGAUAUAGUCGCCGCUAUAUUGAAAGACCCUUCGUCGGUGGCUAAAAUGCUCGCUCGGAAGAUUCCAAGAACCUCUAACUUUUAUAUGUCAUACAUUAUCUUGCAUGGCCUAUCCUUCAGCGCUAGCGCUCUUCUUCAGAGUACCAAACUAGUAUUCGACAGGGUGCUGGCCAAGACUUUGGAUGAUACCCCUCGCAAAGAAUAA